UUUUUUUGUUUUUUUAAGGCGGCCCUUGUGGCGACCCGGAAGCGGAAGUGGAAGAAAGUUCUAGUGGCUUGAGGGAUCGGCGGGAGCAGCCCGGUGGCGGGAGAAGCCGUUACGGGAACCGGAGGUGCGGAUUAAGGCUGAUCAAGAUGACAACCUCCCAAAAGCACCGAGACUUCGUGGCAGAACCCAUGGGGGAAAAGCCAGUGGGAAGCCUGGCCGGGAUUGGCGAAGUCCUGGGCAAGAAGCUGGAAGAAAGGGGCUUUGACAAGGCCUAUGUGGUCCUUGGCCAGUUUCUGGUGCUAAAGAAAGAUGAAGAUCUCUUCCGGGAAUGGCUGAAGGACACGUGCGGCGCCAACGCCAAGCAGUCCCGGGACUGCUUCGGGUGCCUUCGAGAGUGGUGCGAUGCCUUCUUGUGAUGCUCUCUGGGGAGCACCCAACCCCCAGCCCCAGCAUUGAGUCUCCAGAGUUUGCGGCCCAGUGAGGAUUCCCCCCCGUCCUCUACAAAGGAAAAGAUUGUUGUUGUCGUGCGCAUCUCCCAUGUACACCAGGGUCUUUUAGGAGUUCUCAGCCUUCACCAUUUCAACAUUUUUGGAAUUCUCACCUUUGCAUGCAUCUCCUUUCUCCUUUCCCUGCCAGUUUUGUGACAGCAAUUACCAGCUUUUCUGUGUGGAUUCCUGGCCCUGUCCCUCACCCCCCCACCCCUGGUCUGUUUUAUGCCAUUUGGGCCUGUUUUUGGCAGAACAGUCACUGUCCUUGUAAAGUUUUUUAAAUCAAUAAAGUCAGUGGCUUUCA